AUGAGCCCACGACUCAUUUCUAUUGAAGCUCGUAAUCUUCGUGUAUUGUUCCGUGAUGUCCGUGGUAGAAUUGAAGAAAAAAAUAUCGGAAUGGAUACAGAGACAUUGAUAGUAGUAAAAGAAGCUAUCUUCCAUAAUAUUGUGAAAAUUAACAACCUCCUCCGUCAUCCAUCAAUCCGAGGCCAUGUGGAUCCUUCAAUUCUUGAACCGGAGGUGCAUGUAGGUUCCUCAUUUAAACAUCUUUUACGAAGAUUGGAGCGACAAGUGAAAGCAGCUUGUAUAUUAGCCGAUGUUGCACACUUAGGCCCAGCGGCAAAUCCUACAGAAGCAGAAGCGUUAAGUAGAAUUAGCGAAAUACUGGAACAACUGUACGAUACAAUAUCACCAGCAUCAUCUCGUUCAGGUUCAGAUACUGCAACUGAAUCUGACUGA